GUCAGCUAUUGCUUCUGUGUUGUUCGUCGUUAUUGCUAUACCGAUUUCCCUUUUUCCUUCGUCAGUAUCGCACCACUGAACUGUUGGAAAACCACUCGUGAAAUCCCCGAAUUGAUCCUAUUGUCCAUUCAUCCCGAUUCCGUGAACAUCUACGCCGUCAAUCCGGCCAACACCAACCACUUCACACCUCCGCAACCUCCCUUGAGCCCUCCCAUCUCCGAUUAAGGGUCGCGUUGUCUGGUUAAACAAAAACGCCAAUAUGGGUGGUUCAUUGUCGCGUCUAUGGUCCUUCCUCUGGACAAAGAAGGAAAUCCGUAUUCUCAUCUUAGGUCUCGAUAAUGCUGGAAAGACUACACUCCUGUACAGAAUGAAGAUCGGCGAGGUCGUCACGACGAUACCUACUAUCGGUUUCAAUGUUGAGUCGGUCACAUAUAGAAAUUUGAAUUUCAACGUCUGGGAUCUUGGAGGUCAAACAUCGAUCCGGCCAUACUGGCGAUGCUACUACGCUAACACCGCUGCUGUUAUCUUCGUCAUCGACUCUACAGAUAUUGAACGAUUGGGCACAGCUGCAGAUGAGCUUGCGGCCAUGUUAAAUGAGGAGGAACUUAGCGAGGCCGCCCUGCUGGUAUUCGCUAACAAGCAGGACCAGCCGGGCGCCAAGGGAGCUGGAGAGAUCUCGGAGGCUCUGAAGCUUGGCGAACUGCGAGACAGAAACUGGAGUAUCGUGGCGUGUUCAGCUAUUGAUGGUAAGGGUCUUAACGAAGGCAUGGAUUGGUUGGUGCAAACACUUCAAUCAGAAAACGCAUAAGCGCUGGCGUCAAUGUGUCAUGCAAUAGAUUUUGGUUUUGGUAUAUCUCCUCGACCGUACAUGAGUGGGCUUCUUAAACGUGCGUUCACCGCAUCUGAAAAGCUCGCCCUUCUUCUUCUUUCCCAUUUUUCAAUACUCUGUUGGGGAGACAGAGCUUAUGUCUUUAUACUGUAUACCUCUCUUAUCUUUUUUAAACCUAAACUUUGAAGACUUAGCAUAAUAUCCUAAUUGAUGUUCCGGUGGUAUCUAGAAGUGCGAGUCCCGCCGUUUUAGCGCAAUGACCUGGAUAGGCAAUAUGUCGUGUGCACUGAAUUUGAC